AUGGCCGAACAACCAUCAUCGCAUUCGGGUUCAUCCACCGAUAUGACGGUGGAAAAUAAAGAGAAGCGAACAUGGUAUCAUUCAACGCUUUUCAAUGCCUUUAUUAUCGGUGGCGUGGGCUUUUUCGCGCCCGGCUUGUGGAAUGCAAUGAAUUCCUUGGGUGCCGGUGGCGCACAGUCGCCAUUUUUGAUAAACGCUGCCAAUGCGUUGGUUUUUGGUCUGAUGGGUUUUCUGUGUCUCUUCGGCGGUCCGAUUGCGAACCGCAUUGGAUUGAAUUGGACCCUACUUUUGGGUGCAGUUGGGUAUCCGAUUUACUCGGCCGCAUUAUAUACAAAUAACCGCUAUGUACAAACGUUCCAGACUCUAGUGUGUUCGUGGCGGAGCGCUAAUUACGAGUCUAGGGCAACGUUUGCGGAAAGUAUCUGGCUUUGGUUUCGUACUGGUGGACCUUUGCUGGGCGGCGCAAUUGUCCUCGGGCUCAACCAUUCUGCUGAAGCGAAGAGCAAAGGAAAAGUUGGCUCGCAGACCUAUCUCAUCUUCGUCGCAUUACAGUGCCUCGCCGUUCCCCUGGCGUGGUUUCUCUCGCCACCUGAGAAGGUCCAGCGUAGCGAUGGGAGCAAAGUGAGGAUUGUUCUGCAGGACUCAUGGCGUGCGGAGAUGCGGGAGCUUUGGAAGCUUUCUUGUCGGAGAGAAGUUCUUCUGCUGUUGCCGAUCUUCUGGGCGGCAUACUUUAACCAGUACAGUGGAAACUUCACAACCUAUUACUUCGGCGUCAGAGCCCGUGCUUUGAUCGGCUUUGUCAGCAACUUCGCAAGACUGUUAUCCUCGGGAAUGAUAAGUCGGUUCCUUGACUAUAGAGGGAUCUCAAUCAAGAAGCGGGUCACAUACAGGUAUGACGGUCCACCAUAA